GAGUUGUUGAGCAACACAGGAUCAGUGGAUCAUAUCCAAUUCCCACCUUAUCCAAUUCGCUCUCCUGAAAGCAUAUGCUCUCUCAUGGAUCCCUUCGAUUUCUCCUCCACCCAGACCCAUAGCUGCAAGAAGACAACCUAAAACAAACUCAGAUUCUGCACAAAAAUCUCUGUUUCUCUCUCUCUCACACACACACAGAGACCAGUGAGAGUGUGUGUAAUACACAACCCAACCGAACCCAUUAAUGGCUUUAGCAAGACCCUCCUUCACAUUCAACCUCUCGAUCUCUCCAACUCAAUCAUCCCCUCUAAAACCCAAAACCCACCUCAAAUUCCCAAUUUCACCUCCCCACAAACACCCAAAACUCAAAUUCACUUCAAACUCCAUUGAUGUCUCGAAAGAAGACACCCCCAUUUCGGAAAAACCCAUUUUGGAACAACCCAAUUCAGCUCCACUUUCUUCUGAGACUCCAUCAUCGGAGCCCGAAAAUAUCGAUAAACGCAGACUGGAAGAGAAAUUUGUGGUCUUGAAUACCGGAAUUUACGAGUGCCGGUCAUGUGGGUACCUCUACAACGAGGCCGCCGGCGACCCGGCUUAUCCGGUCCCGCCGGGGCUGCAAUUCGACAAGCUGCCGGAGGACUGGCGGUGCCCGACUUGCGGGGCGGCGAAGAGCUUCUUUGAGAGCAAGAGUGUGGAGAUUGCAGGGUUUGCUCAGAACCAGCAGUUUGGACUUGGUGGUAACACACUCACCUCUGGCCAAAAGGCUGUGCUCAUAUAUGGUAGCUUGCUCUUCUUUUUUGUGUUGUUCUUGUCUGGUUACUUUCUUCAAUAAUGGAGGAUUACAUGAAAUUGGUAUAGUUUAUAAUUUUGUAGCUUUAUGUGUUGUGACAUUCUGUUUUUGUAUUGAAAAUGUUGUAUUGAAUAUAUGAGAUAGAAGAGUUCAAUGUUAAUUGAAUGGUUUUUAAUACCAUAUUUUGUUUGCAUAGA